UUUCAAAAUUUACAGUUCAGAUUUCCCUUUUUAUCCACUUAAGCUUAGUCUAAAAUUUUCUAAACAUGGCUUUUUUGUAGUGGCAAUUUCUUUUUCGCCUAAAUAUUAGAAACAGUAGCUCGUUUUUGAAACUUGUAACAAGAUGCUUUUAAUGUAUUUAUUUAGAAAAUAGUAUGUCAAUAAUUACAAUUCAAAUUGGACAAUGCGGAAAUCAAAUUGGUACUGGUAUGUUUUCAUUGCUAUCCCAAGAUGCAUUGCAACCUCCUCAAUUUACAUCCCAUGAUUCCACAGAAAAUAUUGUAUACAAACAAGACACGAUGGAGAAAUACUUCACGGAGAAGAAAAAUGGUAGCAUAGAAGCGAAAGCUGUGUUGGUUGACAUGGAACCCAAAGUUAUUCAGAAGUGUAAACAAACUGCUAACCAAACAGGAUUAUGGAAAUACCCCUCAGGAGCAGAGUAUAUUCAGAAAAGAGGAUCAGGAAAUAACUGGGCUCUCGGUUACUAUGAAAACGGACCAGAUGCAUCACGUGAGGUGACAGAGCUUUGUCGAAAGGAAAUUGAGAAAUGUGAUCAUUUCACAGGAUUUCUGGUGCUAAUGAGUUUAGCCGGUGGAACAGGAUCAGGUCUGGGCACUCACGUGUCUCAUACCUUGCGUGACGAAUACGAGGACGCUAUUGUAGCAAAUCACGUGGUAUGGCCGUAUUCAUCAGGCGAAGUCAUUGUUCAAAACUACAAUUCCGUACUAACACUUUCUCAUUUGCAACAUGCUUCUGAUAUUGUUAUCGGUGAACAAAACGAUCAUGUACAUAAUAUUUGUGUGAAGUUACUUGGUAUUAAAAACAUAUCGUUUCAACACACUAACCAAGUACUAGCGCACAAGUUGGCUAGCAUACUUCAACCUGCGUAUACGCACGACUAUCAGAAAGUCAACCCUCUGUACGAUUUAGUGCAAAGCGUGGCCACACAUCCUGCGUAUAAACUGGUUUCCGUAAAAAACAUACCUCAUAUUAGUGAACAGUCCAUGGCUUAUAGUACGUAUGUGUGGCCAGCUUUGUUGAAACAUUUGAGACAAAUGUUGAUCGCUGACGCAGCACUGGAAGAAGGUGUGAACUGGGAAGUAAAAGUCCCCCUCCCUUCGGCUUCUGGUUGUCCAUCUGAUAUGAGAGUUGAACAAGAUGUAUCGGUGUAUAGAGAAAAGUUUAACAAAUCCAUAGCUAACUUAUUGAUCGUAAGAGGAAAAGAUUUGCAUCAUGUUGAGACUGAUGCCUUUAAAACUCACCAACUAUAUGCAAGCGUCAUUCCUCCGCCAUUUUGUUAUCACGAAUGGCGACAGACUCGCCCAUUCAAUCGUUACGAGAAAUCUGCAGCGUUGGUCUCGAACAGUCAAACUUUUAUUCGUCCAAUGAAUGACUGCAUUAGAAAGGCGUGGAGUAUGUUUAACGCACGUGCGUAUAUUCAUCAGUAUGAAAAGUAUGGACUGACAGAAAAUGAUUUUAUCGACAGCUUUGGUGUGGUAGAGCAAGUAGUGGCUGAUUAUACUUCUAUUUAAAAACUUCGGUAAGUUAAUAACACCUUAUGUAUCUUCAAAUUUCAACACAUUAAAACUCCCAACCCAAUUCCGUCCGUAUUUAAAUCGUUUCAAACCUCGCUUUUAAAUAAAAUCUUUUUUCUUAGACUUUUUCCGUCUUAGACUUCCUGCAUUGAGUAUUCGUUUUCAAGAUCAUUUUUUAUCCACUUGCCCGCCUUCAGAAUGUAAUCCUAAAAUAGUUUUGCUCUGUGAGAUUUCAGCGUUUCUUGUUUCUCUGCGUUUGUCAUCUCUUUUUCAUUCUGCAUCAAGCUUUCUUUACAGCCAAGUACAGCAGAAACCUUUUCUACAGGAAUUUAUUUUUUCACUUCCAAAAUAUUUAAAUCCCAAAGUCACACCACAUCAGGCAUUUUUGAGUAAGGCUUGUUUCGCUUCUAAUGUUUUUCUACAAACUAGAAAUCAACAAAAAUGUAUUUUUAUCUACGGGUAUAAACAAUAGUCAGUGUGUAUUACGCAAAAUGAUUACAAGUAUUCUAUAUAGACGUGACGGUAUAAUGGCGGAUAAUGUGUGGAAUAAUUUGAUUGUUAAAGCAGCUGUUUUUUGUUCGUGACGAUACGAAGAAGCCUCGAUACAAACGCAGAUACCAAACAUAGCAAAAAAUAAAUGUCUUAAAAAAUUCGAAUGCAAGAGACGUAAAAAAUAAAAAAAAAUAAUGCGAGAAAUUUAAAAAAAUGCCAAUAUGACAAAAUUAAUCCAGUGAGAGUUUUCUUGGUUUUUAUAUUGAUUUUUAUUAAAUUUAUCUCUGAAGUAACCGACCCGAAAAAGAAAGAAAUUUUGUUUUGUUUUGUACUAUUUUCGCGAAGAUAAUUUAAAAAUAUUCUUGAGUUUUCGAUUCCUCAAAAAUAACUCUCGCUUUAUUUUCUCUCUACUUAAAAUAAUUGAAGUUGAUUCGUCGCGCGAUUAAAUAUGAAGUUAAAUAAUUC